AUGGACGCGCCAGUCCCUGUCAAGAGAAGGGCCUGUGUGGCCUGCACAGUUGCCAAGGCAAAAUGUACACCGCAGACCACUAAUUUGUGUCAGCGAUGUGGUCGUUUGGGCAAGUCAUGCACAUACCUCGACCUUCCGCAGACGAAACGGAAGCACAAGGUUGCACCAAGGCGUGUGGAGGCGUUAGAACAGAGGGUCGACCAGCUCAUGUCACAGCUGGCUGCCUUGACCCAGCAGAGCAUGAAAACCCCGUCAGAUCAUCUCAACCCGCCCACCAACGACUCGGCCUCUACUCAUGAUCCAGAGUUGGAUUCCGUAGACACCGAUGCUCUGAUAGAUGCUGCUCAAGAUCCUUCACACGGCCCCGACCCGCCUACUACGUCUGCAAUGGAGGGCCAGCCGUCUAUCGUAGAUCGCGGUCUUUUGAGCGAAGCCGAGGGUGAACGAUUGGUUACGAGUUUCAAGUGUGACUUUGUAAACAAAUUUCCCUUUGUAUUGCUUCAACCCGGCGAGACAGCCGAUAGUCUGAGGCGUACACAGCCUUUCCUCUUUUUAUGUGUCGUGGCUGCCACGAUGGGCAGUGUGGUCCCCCUUCGCAGGAUCGUCGCGGAUGAGAUCAUGAAGCAUGUCACAUUAAGAAUCGUGGCACGGUCCGAGAGAAACCUCGAAUUACUCCGUGGUCUGCUCGUGCACAGCGCAUGGUAUUCAUAUCCCGCAGAGAGACAUCACCCACGGCUUCUGCUGUUAAUUCAGUUUUGUGUUUCUAUCUCACAUGAUCUGGGACUGCAUAAAAAGGCUAAUCUAACUUCGGAUGAGCAGCGGGCACUGCUUGGUACAUACUGGCUGUCGUCUAGCCUCUGUGGAACUCUCGGUCGGCCAACUAAUAUGAAGCGGAAUAUUCGAAUAGAUGAGUGCAUACGGAGUUUAGCAUCGACGGAGCAUCUCUCAGAUCGGUUGGUUGCAAACUUCAUUCACCUGCAGUCUUUCUUGGCAACAGUAGAUGAUGUUUACGCUUCAAUACAAGCAAGCGGUGGCAUUGUACAAGUUCAAGUCAUGCAGGGCUCUCUGCAACGACAACUGAAUGAUGUGAAAGCAUCCGUGGAGCAAAGUCGAUCAAACAGCCUUUUACUGACAGAGAGUACAAUACGCAUUGAACUCAAGUUCAUGGAAGUGCGCCUCGAGGAGAUAUCACUUCGAGAGGAGUUAUGGAUUAUGGAACCUGCCAAUGCGGUCCGCAUCAAUAUGCUGAUGAACCUGGUCCAACGGAGUAAGGAGCUCAUCUACACAAUCAGAACCCUAUUGAUGUCGGGAAUUGGGCAAAUGACAAUAACUACACAUGGUCGUCUAUGUACUGCAGUGGGCUACAUUCCCACUGCAGUAUUCAUCCUGCUCAAUCUCAUUACUAGCUCUAUUGAGUCAGCUACGGAAGCCCAAGCCCAAGCUGUUGUUGAUAUGGCAGACUACCCCAAUCUUAUCACAGAGCUUGCCAACACGUUAGAUACAAGGUUUGAGGGCAUGUCUGCUGCAGAAAAAGAUGCAGACGUUGUGGGUAGCCUCUGCUCUAAAAUGAGGCAGCUGGCACGUGCUUACCCCUAUCAAGUCAGAUUCAUCAUUGGACAUGCGUUAUCUCAAGAUGUAAGACAGGACGCGUCCAUGAUGGAAGUUUCCCCCGAUAACAUUGCCAUGACACCACAGGUCUGGCCGUCAAUAUAUGGCGACUUGGAUGGCCUGUUUUCUAUUGAUGAGAUACAGUGGGAUUCCUUAUUAAGCAAUUUUACAGGAAUUACUAGCUAG